GUCGCCUCUCAUCCACCGUCUAGGACAGAUUCAUCGCCUUCUUUCUUCGAACGACGUUAUAGGUCUUUGACCGCGGACAUCAAUCAAAUUCCAAGUCAGCUUCUCAAUCGCUACGCUAUCACAGCAUUCGACAACGAAAGUCCAAUCGAAACGCUCGGGUAUUUGGAUGAAACUCUAAGCCGUGAAGUAACAGAAUUACAAUACGAUUAAAAGCAAAAUCGCGGUAGAAGGAAUGAUUACAUUAUUGCACAUGAUUUGGGUUCUUGCAUACUUGCAUAUUGUGGUGUCACCUGGUCGUGCUCUCAACCGCAUCCCUACGCGUCUGACUGCAGAUUCCUAGCACUGAACCAAUACGCAUGCAUUUGGGACGAUUGUCUAGAAUGAAAUGGGCUUUUUCAAUCGCGUCCAGCUUGGCAAAAUGUGAUGAUGGGAAACCACGGGAUGCCCAUUGACCAUGUUUCGUUUUCAGGACGGAAAAAACGGAUUUUUGUUAGCGGAGGGACUUGGAAGCGGAGAUGGCUCCCGUGUUUUGGAUUUGGGAAAGAUGGGGAUACAGUGGAGGGCUUUUUUAUGAUUGUUUUUCUGCCGACUGCGGUCAACAAGACAGUAUGUGCAGUUGCCGUCUGUCCUCCCUGUGAUAAUAAAUGGUGUUUCUCCAGGUACUUGCCUCCUCUGCUUCUCUGACCACAACUUCAAAAGAAGAUGAAGAUGUCGACACGUUCGUCUGCACACCUGCGACAUACAGUACACUUGUAUUCCUUCUCGACUCAUGACCGCUUCGCAGUUCAAGCGCAGUUUGCGUGCUUCAGUGGAUUCUUUCCGCAGUCACUCCUCACUGCGGAGUUGUCAUUGAAGCUAGGUUUUGAACACGGGCUUCCACAUUGACUAUGGCAAAAAAGAAGCGACCUGGAAAACAGUCUCAAGCUACCACUAAUACUCCUGUCGAGCCUGCAACUGCCAGCUCUCAGCCAUCCAAACCAUCUGAUGUUGCCCCGCCAACUCAAACCCUCUCAGAAUCAACUGCAGCUCUCACUCAUAGUACGGCGCCAACCACAACGCCCGCCGCUAGUGUAUCAGGCUCCGCUACCGGUCGUUGGGCUCGCCCCCAAGCUUUGAUCGGACCUCAAGGUUCAGGUGCAACCGUUGUUCCGACUCCAACUGAAACGACCGGUAUAACUGAAGCUCAUGUCGACGCCAUUGGCAUCAAGCGACCGAAUUUCGGCACCAGUGGAGUAGGGAUCAAAGUUUUGGCCAACUUUUGCCCAAUCACGCUCAAUAUCCACGAUACUGGAAAGCGAAAGGAUGCCGGUAAAAGCGAUUUUCUUUGGUACCAGUAUGACGGUAAGUCUGAACCUCUCGUUGUGCCUGUAUAUGCUAUGCUAAUCGUCGUGUAUUCUCCAGUCGUCAUAACACCGUCUCUCAGUCAACGAGCAAGCAGGAUAUUGAUCGAACGGCUCCAACGAAGAGAAGAUUCGAGCUCGAUCUUCGAUACGAGAACAAUUAAAGACCGUAAAAACCGGGUCGCGUACGAUGGUAAGAAGAUCCUUUACGCACCUCGACGGUUGUCUCUUGGGAAGGAUGACGAUGCUACCUUCAGUGUUUCGCUUCAUGACAGUCAGUUUGGACGACCCGCUCCACGAAUAUACGAAGUCCGUCUAAGAAAAACGGCUGAAAUCAAUCCCGAGAUUCUCAAUCGCCUCAUUACCGGUGCGCAAUCAUCAGAUAUUUCAGUUGCUCCUGCCCUAAAUGCGAUUAACGUCGUAUUUGGGAUGAAGGCAAUGACGGAGGUGAAUAAACCUAUAAAUGAUCAGCGGACCUUCGCAAGGGGUCGUUCGUUCUUCAGCGCUGCAGGGAAAAGGGAUCUCGGGGAAGGCUACCAAAUAUGGCGGGGUUACUUUCAGUCUGCAAGGCCUGGAACUGGACGUCUACUCCUCAACGUCGAUACCUCUGUGGCCAUGAUGUACGCACCCGGCCCACUGAUUGGGCUGUGCCUUCAAUUUUUUCGUAUCGGAGGACCGAACCCAAAUCCAAAUCUACUGUCACCUCAACAUGGUCUGACCGCUCAGAAGCGCGAGGACCUUCAGCUGUUUCUCAUUGGUUUGGAGGUUUAUAUCACCGGGGCUACGCCUGGUCGUCCCCAACGCAGAGCAAUUGUGAACGGCUUGACUCGACUGGGGGCCUCACAGGAAACCUUUUCCAACAGAAAUAAUCAGCAAAUGACGGUGGCUGACUAUUUCUUUCAAACCGCCAACCAGGCUCUUCACUAUCCUAACGUUGUUUGUGUCACGGUUGGAUCGGAAUCUGCUAAGAUCCCGCUUGAGCGGUGCACCGUUCCGCCUGGUUGUUUCAUGAAGAAAGAAAUCCCGGAGAAGUUCUUGAGGGAAUUUACCAAGUACGCAUCACAACGACCAGGAGAUCGCUUGACUAGCAUCAAGAAUAGUUUAUUGCCUCAGGGUGUUCUCGAUCAUCACGACUCGGAGUAUCUAAAGGCUUUUGGCCUUGGCCUUACAUCGAGAGAACUUCCAAUUACCAUUGACGCACGUGUCCUGAGACCGCCAACGCUCAGCUUUGGGGAUGGCCAGAAAGGUGUAGUAAAUCCGGCUGGCGGACAGUGGAGUAUGACGGGCAGAAAGUGCUUCAAACCGCCUGUAAAGGGCAUCGAAUGUUGGAUGAUGAUUAUUUAUGAGUCGAGAAAUAGGUUUACGGUGGAAGACGCGACCAAGGCGGCAACGGAUCUCGUGAGUGAAUGUACCAAAUUUGGUAUACAGGUGCAUAAGAGGAACCCGUUCUUGAAGUAUGAGAAUGGACAAGGGAAUAUCGAACAGCAACUGAAAUCGGCCGGAGAAGAAUGUAAGAAAGAAAAGGGCUCCUACCCUACACUUACGGUCGUCGUGAUAGCCCCAGGUGGCGGCUCAAUCUACAAAGCAGUGAAACACACCUGCGAUGUAAAGUUCGGUGUUGCUACCCAAUGCCUCAAAACAAUCAAUUGUAAAGGCGCAAAUUACAAGUACUGGGAAAACGUGUGUCUCAAAAUUAAUGGAAAACUUAACGGAAUCAACGUCGUUAUCAGGCAAUCGAAUACUAUACCCUUCUUGGGUGACUCCGCCAAUCCCACGAUCAUCAUGGGCGCCGAUGUGACACAUCCGUCGCCGGGGCCUCAUAUGAAGAGUAUGCCAUCGUACGCUUCCGUCGUUGCGAGUUUGGAUUCUGCAUCGGCGAGGUAUAUGGGUACGCUCCAGGUGCAAGCUCGAGAGGAAAUGAUCAAAGAUCUCCGCGAGAUGAGUCGUGAACUUUUGGAAUCACAUAUGAAGUACAAGCAAGAAGCAGAGGGUUUGAGCCAACAGAGGUCAGCUCCUAAACGGCUGAUCUUUUACCGAGACGGCGUUUCGGAGGGAGAAUUUGUGCAUGUGCUCAAUAAAGAGCUUCGUCUUCUACGUCUUGCUUGCAAAGACCUUGGGAUUGUACCAAAGAUAACUUUCGUAAUUGUUGGGAAACGACAUCAUGCUCGAUUCUUCCCUCAAACUAUGCAGAAUGCAGACAACAGUGGAAAUUGUCAGGCUGGAACAGUCGUUGAUCGCGACGUCUGCCACCCUGUCGAAUUCGACUUUUAUCUACAGAGCCAUACUGGUAUUCUUGGUACAAGUCGUUCGGCUCAUUAUACCGUGUUAUUCGAUGUGCGUGACCUGGCUGGUCUGAAUCAUACAAAUGCAAUCUAGCUUAUCCGAUAGCCUUGGGCUUAGGAAAACAAUUUCAAGGCUGAUUCCUUGCAAGCGCUUUCUUUCGCCCUGUGUCAUCUUUACGCCAGGUCUACUCGUUCAGUGUCUUUACCGGCACCAGUCUAUUAUGCACAUCUGGUUUGUUCUCGAGCGAAGUUUCACUAUGAUCCAUCGGAGAUGUUACCAAGUCCGGGUUCAGUCAUUGAAGGUAAUGACCCUAUCAAACCAUACAGAGAUGCGUUCAAACGAACACAUAAAAACCAAAUGCGACGGAUGUAUUUCCUGUAAUCUGCUUUCAGUCCUGAGUUGCUACAGAUCUGAGGUAAUAAGUACAACGUACCUGAUAUUGAUUGGCAGUAGUUCUAAACUAUGUAACGUCCUGUUUAGCUUGCAUAAAUGUUUAGCAUUUUUUAUACA